AUUCGCCAUACGCUAACUUAUAGGGUACUGCGUGACCUUCAGUGGUCCAGCGAAUAGGAGACACACGCGUUUUAACCCGCGGCGCGUUUUUUGGAUAUUUCUAGUGAUGUUUUAUUUUUGCCUAGUGAAAUAUCCAACACGUCUAUCUGUGUGUUUGGUACUCAUAUAUAUCCUCUCUGUUUGUCUUGGCACAUCAGAGGAUAUAAGAUCAAAGAAAAAGAGUGGUGGUGUUGACGUUCAAACAACUCAAGAAAAAAAGAAAGUUAAAAGUGACCUAGAACAAUUGGAUGAUCCGGAAACUGUCGAGAAAUUCCUACGUGAUUUUCUAGAACCUGAUUUAUUAUUCUCUCAAAUUUUAAAGGAUAAAGAAGAUCCAGAUGUUAGCUCAGAGCCAACAGAUAGUCCACUAGACACACAUCUAAAAGAUGGAGAACGAGGAUCAACAGAUGAAUUUAUGCUCGACUUGAGUAUUAAUGAUGUUACAACUGAUGGCACUUCAUCGGUCGAUGAUGAUAACUCAGAAAAAAAGACCGAUCCAUUAUCAAAUGAAAAGAAGACUCAGGAUUCAAGUGUACCUCAACAAUUGUAUGAAGAAGCUAUGAAUCUUUUGGAGAAAGGAGACAUUCAGUCAUCUGCUGGCAAAAGUGCUCUGGAACUACUAAAUGAGGCCUCCAGACAGGGUUAUACAAAGGCUCAAGAACAGCUUGCUUUGCUGACAUUACUUGGAGGUCAUACGACAGAUCCUUUUCAAAAUGCUUAUUCAGCAUUCGAGCAACUAUCCAAUAGUGGAAAUCCUCGUGGUCAAUUCGGUUUGGGGUUUUUGUAUGCAUCCGGAUUACAUGUUAACGCAAGCAUUCCACAUGCCUUGAUAUAUUUUACAUUUGCUGCUCUCGGAGGCGAUAACUUUGCAGAUAUGGCACUGGGUUAUCGUUAUUGGACGGGUGUGGGUGUUGAGGAAGAUUGUGAAGCAGCAUUAACACAUUAUCAUCGAGUGGCCCAAGUUGUCUUUAAAGAAGUAUCUGAACGUUCUGAAGCUGGGGGUCCAACUCUCCUUGGACCUAUGGUACGGCGUGCACGUCUGCUGGACGAAGUGGAUGCGAAUAGUCAGGAUGGAGACCUUACAAUUAGCGAAGACUUAUUCCAGUAUUAUCAGUUUAUGGCGUAUAAAAAGAAUGUCAGUGCAAUGAUUGGCUUGGGUCAAUUAUACUAUUAUGGUAGACACGGUGUUGAAAUGGAUCAUGAAAAAGCCUUCUACUACUUUAAUCUGGCUGCAGAAUCUGGAAGUGCCAUAGCUAUGGCUUAUUUAGGCGAGAUGUACAUGGUUGGUAGUGCUGCUCUUCCUGCAGAUUCAGCGAAAGCUUUGAAGUAUUUACGCAAGUCAGCUGAAGAAAACAAUCCAAUCGGACAAACAGGUUUGGCACUAGCUUAUCUACACGGCCGCGCCGGUUUACCAGCUAAACCAGUCACUGCAAUGGAGUUAUUCUUAAAAGCUGCUGAUCAGGGUUGGCCUGAAGCACAAUUGUAUCUUGGUCGACUCUUCUUAGGUACCCAUGGAAUAAAAGCAGACUAUAAACUAGCCUUAAAAUACUUUACUAUGGCAUCACAACAGGGUAAUGUGAUGGCUUUCUAUCAUUUGGCUGAGAUGCAUGCAAAAGGUACAGGAGUAUUACGAUCAUGUAGCACUGCUGCCGAACUUUUUAAAAAUGUAGCUGAACGUGGUCGUUGGUCAAAAAUGUUCAUGUCUGCAUAUUCUGCUUUCCAUAAUCGCCGUUAUCAUGAGGCAUUUGUUACAUAUCAACUUUUAGCAGAAUUAGGUUAUGAAGUGGCUCAGAGUAAUGUGGCAUUUAUUUUAGAAGAAGAUAAAGCUCCAGGUGUACCAAAACAUGAACUUCAUAAACGUGCGUUUACUCAAUGGCAAAGAUCAGCAACACAAGGUUCAACAAGUUCGCGUGUAAAGUUAGGUGACUAUUACUACUAUGGACUUGGUACUGAUGCUAAUUAUCAGAAGGCUAUCCAACAUUAUCGAAUUGCCUCUGAUCUGCAUCACAAUGCACAAGCGAUGUUUAACUUGGGUUACAUGCAUGAACAAGGAUUAGGGCUGAAACGAGAUCUACAUUUGGCCAAACGAUUUUACGAUAUGGCUGCUGAAGCCUCUAUUGAUGCACGGAUAGCUGUGUGCCUGGCUUUAAUACGCCUUGCAUUUUAUUUUGCUAUGGAGUUUUUCAGUGAAUCCAGCUUUUUCAAUUACAUUGGACGUAUGUUUAAUAGUAAAUCGCCGGAGAAUUCAGAAUCAAGUUACACUGCUGACUCAUCGUCAAGUACAACAAAUCCUAAAACAACAUCUAUGGAUUGGGAUUUUUAUGCAAUACCAUUUUUAGCUGGAUUAUUAUUACUAUUUAUUUUUUAUAUUAGACAUAGAAGAAUUUAAUAUGCAUAUAUAAAUAAUUUGUACAUGUAAUUGUUUCUUUUGUGUGUGUGUGUGUAUGUAUGUGCGUUGGUCAUGGUUUUGAGAAUGAAUUCAAGUUUUUCUUUUGGAAUGUACGUCAUAUGACGCUGCAGAUUUCAAAGUUGUGAUAAACUACUCUGUUUCUUUUCUUUUUUCUUCUUUCUUUUGUCCAUCUCUUUUUUUUUAAUCUCAAUACUUUUCUCUGUUUUGAUUUUUAAUUUUUAAUAUGGACCAUUUAUUGUCUAUAGAUUGUAAAGUUAACUAUCCUGCUCCUGUCUUUGCUCACUUUUGUGUAUGUGCACUACUUUGUUCAAGCCUCUUGUGUUGUUUGCUUGCACGUUGUUCUUUCUCUCCUUUCUUUCUUUUUCAAAGAAUUUAUAUCCCAUCACCAAAUGCGUUUGCCUUUAUUGCCACGAUGUGUUGUAUGCUUUCCCCCUGUAGACACGACUGCAUACAUGCAUAUAUGUAAUAAUGCUUUUCUUUAACUUAACUUGUCUCUCUUCUUCAUCAAUGCACAUUCAGGAAUCUUCUUCUCUUUUUUUGUCAAUAAACUGUUGAAAAUAAUUUUUGACAAGUGAUAAAAAAGAGUUCAAGGCCUGUUGUUUAUUUUUAAAAAAGAAGUAUCUUGGGUCACCUAAAUUAAUUAGUAAGUCAUUGAUAAAAUCACUUAUUGUAGUAAGAAGUGAAGUAGUUGAACGUUAGCCAAGAAGAGCACCUAGUCAUUUACACAUAAACAUCUUGCUUAUUUUGUUUGGUGAUCGUUGAUGCCUAGUUUCUUACUUAUUUCGCCUUUUCUUAUCUAAUUCUGAAGGAUUGUGUUUCUUAUCGUCUAUGCAUUGUCUGUUAUUCUAAACACCUGAUAAAUUGGAAAGCAUAUGAAGACAAGGCAAUUACCCUUUUCCUCAAAAUGGUUGUAUGUAAACAAUCAAUCACACUGAAUGCUGUGGACUAAUUCACAGAUAUUUGAGAGAAAACGUAGAUCAACACUUAAUAGAACUAGGUUGGUUAUUCAUAGACAUCUAAUCUGAGAAAAUUAUUGAGCUCCAACAUUUUUUUUACAAUGGCUUUGCAGACAUGGCAUUACAGUAGGUGUUACUCUUCGUCUAUAACACAAAUCUAUACAUGUUUGAUUAGUUGCAUUUAACUAAUCAUUAGCUAAAUUCUGUAGAGACGUUCUAAAGGAGGUGAAGUCUAUUUAUGAUAUACCUUUAAGUAAAACAGCAAGAUUAAAACUGACUGAAUUCACUUAUUCCCUGGAUUCUCAAGAAUUUGUAUAUAUAUAGCAAAUUUAUACUGUAACUUAACUAUCCAUUUUAUCUACUUUAUCAAGGUAUUAAUUAACCAGCUUCCUAAUGGUCUAAGUACAGAUAGUUUAACUACACUGAAAUUAGUGUCAUGCUAAAGUGAUUAGGUUAAGAAUAGUGGUAAAUACUUCAUUAGGUAGGGAGAAAAUAAUUAGUUUCUUCUAUAUGCGUCGGUGGCACAGUGGUUAGGACUCUCGCCGAUCAUGCACAUGGUCCGGGGCUCGAGCCCACGCCGACUCACACCUGAUAUCUAUGGUCGGCCUGCGAAUUUUGGGCUACCGAUAUCCAUGCUGAAAAUUCCAUACUUGUACCACAAAUACAGUGUGGAACCAAGCUGUAAACAAAAAUAAAAAAUAUAUAUAUAAAGUGCACACAUUUCUAAACGUGCAUCAGAAUAAAGCAAAUUUUAAAUUACUGUCUCAAACAACUUUGUUCUUACCAAUAAGAUGUUUUUUUUUUUCUGUUGAUAAGACCUUACAGUCAAAGCUCAAUAGAUCAUUUGAUGGUUUUGCGUUCAUUGUAAAUAUGCAUAAUUUAUACUUAAUUGUCAGAUUAUUAUUAUUAUUAAAACACUUCAUUUCACCACUGAGGUAUUUUGUAUUUAUUACCGUAUCGGUUGAACAUUUAAUAAAUGUGUCCGAAAAAACAAAAUCAAAAGUGAAUACUCACACAUAUACAACCUUUUAUAAUGAGGCCAGUUUCCACAAAAUAUAAACAACCAGAGUAACUAAUCAAUCCAAUCAAAUUUUCACCGAUAAUAAAGCUCAGACAGUUUCAGUAGAUGCAUAGGUUGCUAAAAUUAAUCUAACCAACAACCUCUAAUUUACAACUACAAGACAGUACCAAGUGAAUUGUGUUUCUUCAAUGAUUUAAUAAUUCCCAUUGUAGCAUU